AUGGACUCUUCCCCUAACAAGAAGACGUACCGCUAUCCUCGUAGAUCGCUGUCGCUGCACGCGCGAGAUAGGGCCAGCCAGGCUCGUAAACUGGAAGAAUUGAAUUUGACUGAUGGGUUAGUUGCCGCUGGUUUGCAGUUGGUGGGCGUAGCAUUAGAAAAGCAAAGCACAGGAUCGCAUAUAUACAUGAAGCAGAAGAAUUUUUCAGCCAAUGAUGUUGCCUCGUCUUCUGUGGUUUCCGAAAACGUUAAGGCAUCGAAAAUAGAUUUUAAUCCGAAAUGCAUGCCUCAGGAUGUAAUGCUCGUCGAAAGGAUGUUUGAUGAGCUUUUGGAGGACGGGACCUUUUUUUGGGGCGCUGCUUAUAAAAAUCUGCAAAACAUAUCGCUUCGUAGGAAAUGGCUGUUGAUAUGUAAGAUCCGUAGUCCUAAUCACUGGGGAAGCAACACAGCGGUUUCCGGUGCCAAGUCAUACUCUGCUCAAUUAGCCACUGGUGAGCUCGCGGAAAACUCUCAUUUUUUGGAUGGUUUGGUUAGAAAUCUUUCGGGAGGAGGAAUGGGCUUAUCCAAGACCCUGUAUAAACUAGAGAAGUUUCUGCGCAAGCAAAACUUCUUACAGCUUUUCCUUAAGGAUGAAAUCUAUUUGACGACUUUACUUGAGAAGACUUUACCACUCGUAUCCAGGGAUCUGCAGUUUGUUUAUCUUCGAUGCUUCAAAAUAUUGAUGAAUAACCCAUUAGCAAGAAUAAGAGCGCUGCACUCCGAGCCUUUGAUUAGUUGGUUUACCCAACUUCUAACGGACAGGAAUUGUAACUUGAAAUGUCAGUUACUUUCCAUGGAACUCCUUCUCCUAUUAACCUACGUAGAAGGCCCAACGGGAUGUAAGUUGAUAUGGGACCAGCUUUCAAUAUUGUUCAGCAAUUGGUUGCAAUGGUUUGGCAAAAUCCUUGCAGACGACGUCAAAACACACACAUCAUUGUAUUUGAACUGGAGCCAAUUGAAAAUAGACUACUCAAUGACUUUCUUACUAUUGAUUAAUUCCAUUUUGCAAGGAUUUAAUAACAAGACUGCGCUGAAAAUUUUCAGUUUUUUGAAGAAGAGUAAUAUUCAUGGCAUUAUGGCCACCUUAGAAUCAUCCUACAAGGAUGACUCUAAUAAUAUCGUCAUCAUGGAACAAAUAAAGCAGUUCAAAACCAAAGAAUCGAGCAUUUUUGAUUCAAUGAUACAAACCAGUAGAGAUAUGAAAGCAACCCCUUCAAUGAAAAAUGUUACAGAAGAAGAAGGUGCGCCUGUUUGCAUUGAAAAUUGUUUGUUAUUAAAAGUGAAAGAUAGCCCCAUAGAAACGCCAAUAAACGAGAUUAUUCAAUCAUUGUGGAAAAUUCUAGACUCUAAAAAACCUUAUUCAGAAUCUAUUAAACUACUCAAGUUGAUAAAUUCUCUACUAUUUUAUCUUAUCGAUUCUUUUCAAGCUCCGAUAUGUUCUUCCUUUGAUGAAAAUUUAGAUUUAGCACAAAAUGUAGAUUCUGUAUUUCAAGAUUCUGUUAACAAGCUACUGGAUUCUUUACAGUCAAAUGAAAUUGCAAGGAGAGCAGUCACUGAAAUUGAUGAUCUGAACAAUAAGAUUCUUGAUUUGAAUGAAAAAUUGAAUCUGGUCGAGAAUUAUAGCAAAGAUCACCUUAUAGCAAAACUCGAUGAAAGUGAAGCUUUGGUAUCUUUGAAAACGAAGGAAAUUGAAAGUUUAAAGCUACAAUUGAAGGCCAAUAAGAAGAAACUGGAUCAAAUCACCACACAUCAAAGAUUAUAUGACCAACCACCUUCAUUAAUGAGCAGCAACUUGAGUUCUGUCGAUUCAAUAACAAAGAAUAAUAAUCAUAGCAAUCUCAUUUUCCAAAAUUUAGCCAUAAAACAGCAAAAGCAAAAAAAUUCCUUACCCAAGCGUUCAACAAGUCUACUGAAAAGUAAAAGGAUUUCGUCCCUUUCCUCAUACCUGAGCGACGCAAAUAAUGAGAAUGAAGGCCAGAACCAAGUGGAAGACAACUUAAAAGAUUCAUCUUUUCAAACAUCUACCUCAACAGUUAAUUUCAAUAUACCUUCUAUGAAAAAUGUCGCGAAUAUGCAAAAUGUAUCUUUAAAUUCAAUACUUUCAGAGUUGGACUUCUCAAACAACAUGAAUAGUCAGCCAAAUUAUCAAUCCUCUCCUGUACUGUCUUCGAUUUCCUCGUCGCCGAAACUAUUUCCCCGACUUUCUUCAGACAGUCUUGAUAAUAGCAUCCAACUGUUAUCUGAGGUUGAUAAAUUACCUCCACCUCUGCCUCCUCCUCCUCCUCCUCCUCCUCCUCCACUUCCUCCAUCUCUUUUGAUUGAUAUGGAAGCUACUCUUAAGCCAGAUGUUGUUCCUUAUAUUCUAGCGCCUCCCCCACCACCCCUCCCAGAUUUGUUUAAGACUGAAGAAUCAUUUGCUAUCCCACCGCCUCCACCUCUUCCUGAGUCCCUAUCAAUGUCCGAAGGGCCUUCUGAAAAUAAUUUCGUCACUCCUCCAGCCCCACCUUUACCCAGUGGUUUACUUUCACUGUCGUCGGCGUCUAUUAAUUCAACGACAGUUAAUUUAGUACCACCCUCACCUGAAAGGCGUUUGAAGCAGAUUCAUUGGGAUAGAGUGGAAGACGUAAAAGAUACACUUUGGGAAGAUGCAUUCCAACGCCAAGAAACAAUUAGAGAAUUGCAAACUGAUGGCGUAUUUUCUCAAAUUGAAGACAUCUUCAAGAUGAGAAGUCCAGCCAAAAUUGCAAGUAAAAAUAAUGCAGGAUCUUCAACUGCUUUAUCUUCAAAUAAUGGCAAGUCUUUGAAUGAAUUGAAAAAAGUCUCCUUUUUAUCAAGAGAUUUAGCUCAACAAUUUGGCAUCAAUUUACAUAUGUUCUCUCAACUAUCUGAUAUGGAAUUUGUUAUGAAAGUUUUGAACUGUGAUAACGACAUUAUCCAGAAUGUCAAUAUAUUGAAAUUUUUCUGUAAAGAGGAACUGACAAAUAUACCCAAAAGUUUGCUUAAUAAGUACGAGCCAUAUUCUCAAGGUAAAGAGGGUAAAGCAGUAAGCGAUUUGCAAAGAGCUGACAGAAUUUUUCUGGAAUUGUGUAUUAAUUUAAGAUCUUAUUGGAAUGUAAGAUCAAAGAACCUCCUGACACUAUCAACAUAUGAGAGAGAUUAUUACGAUUUGCUUUUCAAACUACAAAAAAUUGAUGAUGGAAUUUCCCAUUUAAAUCUUUCACCUAAGUUUAAGAAUUUAAUGUUUAUAAUCACGGAAAUUGGUAAUCAUAUGAAUAAAAAGAUUGUCAAGGGAAUUAAAUUGAAAUCACUAACGAAACUAGCAUUCGUUAGAUCCAGCGUUGACCAAAAUAUGUCAUUUUUACAUUUCAUUGAAAAAAUCAUAAGAAUAAAGUAUCCUGAUUUAUAUGGUUUUGUAGAUGAUUUGAAGAAAAUUGAAGAUUUAGGUAAAAUUUCGCUAGAACACAUUGAGCUGGAAUGUCACGAGUUUUAUAAUAGAAUAGAAAAUUUGGUCACUCAAUUCCAAACUGGAAAACUGUCGAAGGAGGAAAAUUUAGAUCCAAGAGAUCAAAUUGUUAAAAAAGUCAAAUUUAAGAUUAAUCGGGCCAAAAUAAAGAGCGAAUUAUUGAUGGGUCAAUGCAAACUAACCUUGAUAGAUUUAAACAAACUUAUGAAGUAUUAUGGCGAGGACCCUAGUGAUAAAGAGAGUAAGAAUGAUUUUUUUCAACCCUUCAUUGAAUUUUUGGCCAUGUUCAAAAAAUGUGCUAAGGAGAAUAUAGAAAAGGAAGAAAUGGAGAGGGUCUACGAACAAAGAAAGAGCCUGUUAGAAAUGAGAACAAACAACAACAAGAAAAGCAAUGGGAACGAUGAAAACGAAGGUGAAGAAGUGAACACAGACGCUGUUGAUCUACUGAUUUCUAAACUGCGUGAAGUCAAGAAGGACCCGGAGCCUUUAAGAAGAAGGAAAAGUACAAGACUCAGCGAAGUCGCCGUGAAUGUCAACGACGAGGACCUGAAAAUGAAAGAUGAUGAAGACCACAUUCUAUUGGAGAGAACCCAUGCCAUGCUAAAUGAUAUUCAAAGAAUAUAA